AUGGAUCUGCCAAAGAGCAACAUCAUAGAGCCUUUCAUGGAAAAGCUUGAUUCCUCGUCUUUUAAUGUCCUUGCUCGACGUGGCCACGACCAGCAGUCAAAGAACUCGCACAAAUCGAAGAAACACGAACGCAGUUCAACCAACAACAACCCUGGUAAACAUUCUGAACAACAUCAAGAGCAGCAGAACCUCGCACAGCAACAAAAUGGUCAAAGGGUUCUCGCACUGGCGCCCUUCGACCUAAAGUCGAUUGUCAAAAUGCCCAGGACACCUUUGCACAUCGGACUAAAGUUUCCCAAGGAUAUAAGCCUUGAGCAGUUGCAGAAAAUCAUCAAGGACUUUCACAAGAACGAGACCAGGACCGAUGUCCGCACGGAGCUGCCUAUGGAUUUUGAGCCGCAGAAAAGCAUUUUUAGUUUUCUUUAUACUAUGAACACAUUCAAAGAUCCUACUGUUAAUCUGCCCGGCUGUCCUGUCGCCUCGACUCCUUCGAUCUCUGAUGACACAGCCUCUGGACUGGUCUGGGGAUGUGAAGCAGGCAAUUUCUGCGCCGUACCCAAUGUCUCUGUGCCAUGCUUACCUGGUUUUUACUGCCCCGCAAAUACAGCUCAACCUACUCUAUGUUGCAAGGGAUAUCUCUGCAGCUCUGACACAACGACCAUCGAAGUCUGCCCUGAAGGAUUCUUUUGCCCCAUAGCAUCGACCAGAGCUCUCCCGUGUAACUUUUUGUCAUUUUGUCCCCGAGGAACCUCGGCUAUUGAAAAGUAUGGUCUUGGCGCCAUCCUGCUCGCGUUUGCCCUUGUAGUCAUGGGUAUAUUUUCAAUUAAGAAACAGAUUUUCCGCGCGCAGCGUAUUCGCUACCGACAGCGGCUUCGAGAGCUCGGCGAUGAUAGCGACGACAUGGAAAACGAAAGAAAACGUCAGGACGAGGCCGUAGGGUUGGCACAGUCGAUUUUUCUGGAGGAUCAGCAAAAACUUAUGUUCGGAUCGCGGACACGGGAUCAUGAGAGUGGACUGGACUUUGCGGUCAGUCAACGCAGUCUGGUCCUGGCUGCAGCUGCUGCUGGCAAUAUGAACGUCAGUACGAUGACUCUCCCAAAUGCAGAGCGCUCGUUUGAUAUUCGAUUCGAGGAAUUGGGAUUAACCCUCCCAACCGGUGUUGACAUCAUCAAGAAAAUCAGCGGAAGACUGAUUACUGGUAGAACAUGCGCCGUGAUGGGUCCAUCUGGAGCUGGAAAAACAACUUUCUUAUCUAUCCUCGCUGGAAAGGUCCCCAAGACAGAUGGAAGUAUCAAGGUUAACGGCAAGGAACAGACGCUCAGUCUCUGGAAAAAGCUAAUUGGAUUCGUCCCUCAGGAGGAUGUUAUGUUGUCCGAGCUCACUGUCCGCGAGAUUUUGAUGCACUCUGCGAAAAUGCGUCAACCUGUUCAUAUGAGCAAUAAUGAGAAGCGCCUUAAGGUUUUAGAAGUCAUUCAGUUCUUGGGCAUCGGUCAUAUCAUGGAUAAUCGUAUUGGAGAUGUCGAAACCCGUGGUGUCUCUGGCGGUGAACGCAAACGCGUCAACAUUGGUAUGGAGCUCGUCGCAUCCCCUUCUAUUUUGUUCUUGGAUGAACCCACCUCCGGUCUCGACUCGGCUACAUCGCUGGAAGUCUGCAAGCUGUUGAGGCAGAUUGCACAAGAGCAGUUCUUGACGGUUGCAGCGGUCGUUCAUUCGCCAUCGCCACACGCGUUCAACCAAUUCGAUGACCUCCUCUUGCUUGGAGCAGGCGGACGCGCUGUGUAUUCAGGACCGCGAGAUGAGGCAGCUCAAUAUUUUGAGAGCAUUGGAUAUCCUGUUCCCAGUGAUGAGAAUCCCGCAGACUUUUUCAUUUCUCUUGCUGCUGGACGCGUUGACAAGGCGCAAUAUGCUGGCUAUGACAGUCGGAUUGAUGGCUCCGAAAGGCCAUCCUUUCAGCGCCAGGAGGAUUCGAGAUCCAACACUCCGAGGGAACGUAUUAACGAGCUAUUUGUUCGUUGGGAACAACACUGCAAGAACAAGGCUUUGGCUAAAACCUUGGAGAAGUAUGCCAUCCGUGAGAGCGAGACCAUGGUUACUGUUCGUCUCUCCAAUGACGGAUCAAGGCAGGGCUCGCCUGAUAUGCGAGACUUGAUAAAGCGAUCAAGGUUUUAUCCUGAUGAGCAAUAUGAACUAGAGGCCAGAGAGAAACAACUGGCAUCUUCCCAUGAACGGGACUGUCAGGUAUCGAUCAUGGCUAUACACCAGCCAUCGAGACCACAGUCGCCGGCACACAGCGUCCCAAUGCCCAACGCUGAAGGAUCGCCUAUGGAUAACAGGGACGCUGUGGAAGUCUACAAGAGCACUCGUCAAGGAUUAUUAACACCAAUUCGCAUGUCGCUCAUCUCUUGGUGGGCUGAUGUUUGCUACUGGUGUAAGGAUGUUACCGAUGAGUUUUCUCAUUUUCUCUGGAGCAUCAAGUGCAAGUUCACUGGAGAGAAGGAUCCCGUACGUCAGACCCCGUCCUUUGGCAGUGUCUUUGUCCUUUGCUUCAAACGUGCCUGCUUGCAAAACUACCGUUCGCAAUUGGAAUUCUUGUCAGAUCAAGCCCUGCAUUUGUCCUGUGGUCUCUGCGUAUCCUUUGCAUCCAAGGAUAUGAUGUAUAUCCCGCGACAGCCCGCUGAGAUUUGUGCUAUGGCUCCUCCAUCGAUCCAACUCUCAUGUGCAACACCCAUUGAUGAUAUCCGCUACGUUGGCAUGUUCAUGACGCUGGGCGUCUUUUUUGCCGGAAUCAGCGUCGGAGCAUGCACAUUUGGCGAUGAGAAAGCUGUGUUUUGGCGCGAUACAUCUGCAGGCAUGCCAACUCUUCCGUAUUACCUUGCUAAGAUUCUUGCGGAUAUCCCUCGCAUCAUCGUUGCUUCAUGCAUGUACACUGGAGCAUUCAUCUUCUUUUUCGCGUACCACGAGCAACUAGGCUCGCUUUUGCUUCUGGUUUUACUGCUGUACAUCAAUGCAUUUUCGAUAGGCUAUUUCGUCUCGACGGUCGUCAGUCGCUCGAUGUUUGGGUUGACGGGCACGGGUAUGUCGCUCGCUUGGGCCUUGGUCCUCAGCGGCACUGCCCCUCGUUUGUACAUGGUCAUGAAUGGCAACGGAUACACCUACGUCCGCUGGAUUUGGAACGUCAGUGCGCCUCGCUGGGCGGUCGAGGCAUUUUAUCUGAAGGAGGUUCAGGAGAGAAAUUACAAUGAGCUCAAGCACAACGUCCUGGGAGAUACAUACGCGUUUGAAGAUUAUGAAAAGGCUAUCCUGUAUAUGGUAUACAUCUUCUUGGGCUGGAAUGCGAUCUCGUUCUCGUUGAUGAAGUUGCUCUACAGGCAUAAGGUCAAAUAG